AUGGCGUCGAAAAUUGUCUCUGCAUGCAGUAACUAUCACGUUCUUAACCUCAUUGGUGGCUACCGAGCAUCGUACGGUUUGUUUGCAGCCCUUAAUCAUGGACUAUUUGAAUAUCUGGAGAAGAAAGAUGGAGGACGAACAGCCCAGCAGACAGCAAAAGAUCUGACUCUGGACGAGACUGCUACGACGGUUUUACUCGAUAAUUGCACCAGUGUGGACCUAUUAGUGAAGGAAAUACCAGGUGGAAAAAUGGAUAACGCUCUCUAUUCAAACUCAGAGCAGACCAAACGCUAUCUUCUCCCCAAAAGUCCAGAGUCAAUUUACGGAUACGCUAUGCUCGAGGCACGAACACUUUCUAAGUUGGUAGCCAAUUUUGAACACACCGUGAAAGAAGGAAAAAGUCAGUGGGAGCGAACAUUUGGGACGACAUCCGAAGAAACGUUUGCCAAUUUGUACGAAAACAGAGAAAGUUUGAUCGAGUUUGAAGAAGGGAUGGGUAGUCGUAUGAAAAUGUCCAUGAGCUCAGUGCUUGGUGCCUUUGAUCUCUCUGAGUUCAGCCAUCUUUGUGAUCUUGGAGGUGUGUGCGUUCAUUCUGUAUAUUAGACGGGUAAACAUUGUUUUGAUUUUGUGCGCAAAAUGCGAAUGUGUUUGCCUGCCAAUAGGUAGGUCGUGCCAUCCCUCCACCCAUCAGGGUGAGGGUCAGGUUAUCAAUGUGUCUGUAUAAUGAUAUACAUUGUACAUAAAGUACACUUGUAUGAUGACUUGCAUCAUAGAGUCAAGGAUGACCAUAUGAUGAUAUAUAUUGCACAAACCAAGCAGGAACAUUAACCAGCAAUACUAGAAUUCUAUACAUGCAUGCAACAACCCCUCACCCACAUUUCCCAAACAUUGUUUGAAUAUGAAGUAAUUCUAAUUACAUCAACAUGGUAUAUGCAGGCUCGUGUCAUGUUAGCUAUGACAACACAAAAAUUGUUUUCUUAAUUUUUUGUUCAAAACAGCAAAAAUAAAUGGUAGAUUGCAUUUAUUUUCUGCAGGGGGGGGUUUGAGAUCAAUGGAAAAUCCAGGGGAGGGGUGCAAAAAAGGCCUUGGAAAAUCCAGGGGCAGGGGUGAAAAAGACUGCAGAAAUCCAGGGGUGGGGUGAUUAGAGACCAAAAUCCAGGUGAUGGUCUGCGAUUAUUAAAGUCAUUUUCCAGGGGUAUCUAGCAAUGAAUUCCUAGGAAAUUCCAGGGAGGGAGGUAUAUAAACUGAAUUUGAGGGGGUCACAAUUUAGCUGGUAAAAAGAUGUCCUGUGUGGAAAAUAAAUGCAACCUGCCAAUGAAUGUUUUACACUUUUAACCACAUAAAGUAACAUCUGUAAAGUAGGUAUGUUAUUUUGCUUUCUAUGGGCCUUACUUACUAUAACGUAAAAUUCAACACAAAAUGCUUCGUAAAACGUUUUGUAAAUGUUUAUUGAAAAUGAAAUUAACUGCUUUUUGCCGAUAAACUCUUCAACUUAUUAAUACUCGUACUUUGAAAUGAAAUAAAUUUAAGUCAUACAGGUUGCUCUUGAAAAUAAUUUUCUCUUUUUUUGAGCUUUUAUAAAAGAAAUUAAAACAACAAGAAACUUUCACAUAGAAUGAAAAGGAAAGCUGUGCAUGUUCAAGGCCUUCUGUUCAGGUGAAAACUGGACUGCAAAGUGAUACAUAAACAGUAAAAAUAAACUUACCCUAUACUCGAUAGAAUACUUCAGGAUUUUUCUUACUUAUCACUUCAUUAAAAUUUGAAAAAGGUGAUUUACAACUUAAUAUUGUAUGAAACGCUUUCUGUCAUGAAUGUUUUUUUUUCAAUCUUUGCUUCAAAAGUUCCUUCACCCCUGUCAAUCAGCUAUAUUUUUGAAAUCAGUGAGAUGACCACCCAUGCAUAGCCAUGCGCCCACAAUUAUUGAUGAACUUUAGACUUUGCUAGUGCUUUCCUUUCUCCGGGUGUGAAUAGCCAAGCGGAAUUAGUACCCUCGCCAAGGGCUUUGCCCUUUACGCGUUCCGCGCAGGGAUUAAGUUGACCCAAAUAAGGUUACUUCUAGGUUAACCAGGUAGUUUAAUUAACCAGGAAUUUUAAGCAGAGUGUUUUUAGUGUGUUCCAGUUUGGUUAUCGCUUGCAGAAAGAAAUUUAAUUUUAGUGAUUUUAGAGAAACUCUUAGGGAGUGGUCAUUAUUUUGGGGAAGUAAGGAGUUGGUAAAUGGGGAGGGGGCAAAUGAAGUAUUACACUUAUAAAUAAGGGGGUCAAAAGAGUUUUAAUCUAGAGAAAGGGGGGGGGGGCUCAAAAAAGUUAAAUACCAUGACUUGAGUUUUUAUAAUCAAAUGCCCUUUUGCUGGAUAUUAUGAUUUAUAUGGAAGUUGAGAUAUUUAUAAAUGUCAGUUUAUCACAAAUAUGCCUACAUAUAAUAAUAUACCAACAUAUAAUAAUAUACAGUAUAUGUUUUAAUUAAAUUUAUAUUUUAGAUGUCAUUCUGUUAAAUCUAGUUCAUUUCGCUGUAUGAAGACAGGCCAUGGGUUAGGGUAGAUUAGGGUUAGGUUUUAAAGAGAAUCAGUAGGACAAAUGGUACAUUAUGGUACAGUAAUAUAUAUUACAAAUGUUACAAUAUAAAACAUAUAAUGAGCUAGGUGAAACACAGAGGGUUAAACAGGUCAUAGCGGUAACCGGUACUGAAUAAACUGAAAUAGUCAGGCCAGAUAAUCAGUCCCUAGUUGCACAAUACCAGAUUCACUUUUUACCACAUGAACAUAUAAUUAUGCCGUUCAGGAAUAAAGUCUGUCCACAAAAUUUUCUCUUUUAACAGUUUUUGUUUUAUUUUGUCAUAUUUCAUUUGCAAGUUUACAGAUAUUUUUGAAACAGCUAAAUUUACGAGUAUGACAAUUCAAUCCGGUAUCGUGUACCUGGGGUUUCAAAUGUAAUAACAUGCUGUUGAUAUUAAGGUAUGGCUCUGGUUACAAGUAAAACAUUGGUACAGACCCUCAAUAUAAUCUGGAGAACAUGCAGAUUACAUUAACCGGUUGGCUAGUAAUGAUCAUAUGACUAAUUAUCGCUUACUUUAAAUUAAAAGUGGAUAAAAAAUAUGCUUUACCAUCAUUCCAACAGCUGGUUUAUAUAUAUUUCAAAGAAUAAAAAACCUUUGGAUUGUCUAACAUCUGGAGUAUAGUAAGUAUACUAAACUAACUUUAUACUUUGUCAAGGUUCUGAUACAAUUAAGACUGUAAAUGUAAUACUAAUAAUACUAAUAAAACAAGAUUGUAAAAGAAUACUAAUAAUACUAAUAAAACAAGACUGUAAAAAUAAAAAUAAAUGUUUGACAACAUGAUUUCCGUCUUUGCUCUAGUAUCAGUUGAAAUUUUAAUGCAGAUAUUUUCAGGCAGGACUUAAUUUAGGACCUCUGAUCAGGACUUUAUUUGUCCUGUUGUCUGAGCCUUCAAUUGUUAUAAUUGUAAAAUUAAUAAAAUAAAUAACUAAAGUUAGAUAACAAAAUUAUAUGAUAGAAUAAACUUAUUAGAUUGAAAAAUUCAUUGUGCUAGCUGUGAGCUUCAGCUAGUAUGCAAGAGCAUUGUUUUUGGGCUUGUCAUUUGAUUUUGGCUGCCAUUUCGAGUUAUUCUCUCCGUGGCAAACAAACUCGAAUAUUUUAUAAAAAAGAACAGAUCCGUAACAAACAAAAUCACCUUCCCUCAGCCCUGAAGAAAGUCUUCAAGGCAGGACUAAAUUUAUACAAUAAAUUCUAAAAAGGUUUAAAGGAAGGUCCUACCAGUGGGUACUAAACGCCGACCGGGACCGUCCUGCGUCCUGGACCGACCGUUUACAUGAUUUCACAAAACAUUUGACAAAAAUUAUCCGGACUAUUUUUGUCAAAAGUUUGGAAAAAUUAUCUGAAUCUUUUAUGGUCAAGAGAACGCUGAUAAACGGAGUUAGAAUAUAAUACUAAACAACAAGAGCUUAUAUGUUACGAGACAAUCUUUGAUGAACUUUAUGAUUUUAUUUAAAUUUUGGUUUACCUUAAUUUAAUAUUUACAAAACAGAACGCAUAAUGCUAGCAUUUUCUAGUUCGAGUACAUUUCACUCUCUUUCGUUUCCUAACAGUUUUUGAGUCUUAGGUAUAGUCAACCUUCCGUCUGUUCACUUGACGCCUUGACGGCUUUCUCCACUUUGGGUGUACCUUUCAAGAACUUCAAAAACCAAGUUUCUUUUUCUGUUAUUUAUUUGGCAGCCCAGUUAGCUUGGCUAAUUUUGAACUUUGACAUCCAGGGAGCGACUACGUAAUUUCCCAUCCCAUAGUCAUAGAGAGCACGGCUAACAUCUGCGUAUUGAAGCUGCACGAUCUUGUACAGUUUUUCCACUAAUUGUAAAUCCGGAAUUUUCUGGACUUUCCAAUCGCGCGUAUAAGUUUUAAAUGUGAUUGAUGCUUUCACAUGAAUUGUUCUUCCAGGUAAUAGGGACGGAUUUAUUUUUCUUGCUUGGAAGGAACACAUAUUCCAGAAAUGUUGCUUGUAGUUAGUAUGGAAGAAAAUUUGGCAUACUGGCACAGUACUUCUCUUCCAGCUCGAAACGUAUCAAAGCAAACUCAUAUUCGUCAUCAACAGCUAAGAGCCCAUUGUCUCCACUGAAAAUAUCCGCAUUCAUGACUUCUUUGGUCUGUCUGUCGUUUGCACCAACCUUUCCACAGAGAUGACGUUUCACAUUGUCUUCGAUGUGACGACGGCAGAGAAUGUGAUGUCACGAUGGAAAUUACUGUUUAAUUGCUUUUGUUAGAGCUUUUUCAUCAGAUCCGACCAGAAGAUUACGAGCACCAACCUGAAUGUCAUUAAUACUUAAAGAUGACGUCCACUCGUGUGCGCAUGUGCGAACUUUGUUUACGUUUUGAACUGCUAUAUUUGUAAAAUAUGAUAUACUAACUUAAUAUCUAACACUUUUCUGGUUCGCCAUGCUUGUAAAUGAAUAUACUCUACGUUUCAAUUCAAAAAAGUUCGAAAGAUGCAAAAUUUGGGCAAUGUUUAUAUCUGGGGGUCCCCAUUUGUUAUGAGCAGAACUGAUGCGCAGAACGGAGUGGACAUCAUCUUUAAAUGCCUGACUUAAAUUGACUUUUUAAAUGCCAAAAGAACCCAUGAUAUAUGUAGGAUAGAGUCCAUCCCAGUGUAAAAGUACUGGUCCUAGCAUGAUUGGAUGAUUCUGUGUGCCUUUGCGGAUUAGAUUAUUUUGCUGAUAACAAAGUAUAGUAACAUAACAUGAACCGAAGUUGAAUGUCCUAUCCACUCCCAACACACCAGGGUGAGUUGCAUCGGAUGAACAAAACAUCUUAAUCUUAGUCUUAGUCUAUUUGUUCCUUUAAGUGUAAAUAAGUCCAUAAUGCAGAGUUGCCUAUACCGAUCACGAGAUUUUGUUGUACUCAACACUCUAUACUUGGUUUUAACAUAGGUGCUGGGGGAGCGUUAUCCUAUGCUGCUGUGAAAGCCUACCCGAAGAUGAAGUCGACUGUUUUUGACCUGCCAGCAGUUGUUAAUGUUGCUGAUCAUUUCAGACCAUCUGUGGAAGAGUGCCCUAACAGGGACAAUGUCUCAAUUGUGGCUGGAGAUUUCUUUAAAGAUGACCUGCCUCCGGCAGAUCUCUACAGUUUGGUCACUAUACUGCAUGACUGGGACGAAGACAGCAUAGAUUUGCUUUUAAACAAAAUAUACACCAGUCUUCCUUCAGGUAAAUUAUUCAUUGCUAGAAAUCGUGGACAUUUGGAAAUUGGAAUGCAGCGUCAUUCUCGCCCCAGUCCCCAUGUUCACUCUGAUAUCUGCCUCCUUCGCAGGCCCUCGUUGUGUCAUGCGAAGGUCACGCACAAUCUGGCGAGGGCCUGCGGAAUCUUGUAAAAAAAUGGCGCCGGCGUCACGUCAGCAAAUAAAUUUAUACAUAAUCUUGAAAAUAAACAGGAUAUCAAUAAGCGGCGUGAAACUUGUAAAUAAUAAUAAAAUAUAAUGUAACUAUAAAAUAUAAUGUAACUUGUAAUAGUAAAAUAUAACGAUUAUUUACGAUACGUGCAGUACACGGAACCGGAGGUGCACGAAAAUUUGCAGUAGUUUCUAAAGCGCAUGCUCUUGACAGAGCCUAAUUUUCAACGAGUGACCGAGUGAAAAUGGCUCUGGGGACGAUAAUGGGCGAGAUGUACAGUAAACACGAAGCUCUAGGAAGAUGUUCUGUGACUGGCUGAUUAUGACAAUGCCAAAAGACGUAUUUGGCUUACAUAAACAAAAGGAAUAUUGUUCUUGCUUCGUUCUUUAUAAAAUCCAUUCUAUAGCUUAUUCUUUUGUCAUUGUCAUAAUCAACCAAUCACAGAACAUCUUCCUAGAGCUUCGUGCCGACCCGAGAUGUUGCCUGCGUAGCAGGCGUUCAUUUUUCUCGCUCCUGCAAGCAAAUAAACGCCUGCUACGCAGGCUAGAUAAGAUGCUGAAUCACGCGCGCCUUUGGUAAUAACAGCUAAGGGGCUGUUCAUAUGAACCGGGCUGGCCUGUUUUGCCAGGCCAUUAUGUCAUGUGCUUGACAUGAGGUGGGUUAGCCCGGUGAGCGCUACCAAGAGAUUCCCCUGUGAUUUUGGUAGGAACUCGAUUUUAUGCUUUUAUUAUUGCCGGCAACCGCUCAGUAGUCUUAAUUUCGUUAAUUAAUCAUGGGAUGUGCAUGAUUUUCCAGCUAUUGUCGGUUGGGCUUGUGUUGGAAAGGCUGUUGACCAGCUGGGACAUUGACCACAGCACAUUUUCUCUCAAUAUAUUUUGAUCAACAGUGAAAUCUUGUUUGAUCAACUUUUAUACUUAGAAUUAUUCGGUGGCUGGCCCCCCGCAAGCAGUUUUUUCGACAGUUAUAAUUUGUCAGUUUUCUUUACCUCACUGUUGCUGUCUUUUAAUUUAUUUUCCAAAGGUGGGGGUAUUUUGAUUGGUGAAAUCAUUCUUGAUGACGACAAGUGCGGACCUUGGCAAGGUAUGACUUACAGUAUGUUGAUGCUUUCCAUUUGUACAAGUGGACAUGAGAGGUCUGGGAAAGAGUACGAGGACCUCCUUACCAAACAUGGCUUUGUUGAUGUCCAGUACCGCCAGAACCCAGUCCUUUUCUUUCCCGGCGGAGUGUUUGCAAGGAAGGCAUAAGUUACAGGAACCGCUUAGUAUUCAAUACAAAAACAACGGUGACUCCGAAAAUGGACAUUCAAAGAUGCUGUAUCGGGCAGUCUACAGAUACCGAACUCUAACUAUAUAUUUGUAAUGUAAUUAUUAAAUAUAUUUCGAAAACUCUCUACUGCGUUAACGAUGGUUUUGCUCAUUGGAAACAGAUGCGGUACAGUCCGUUUGCAAAAUAAUGUAUAUAUUUUCCUAAAUAUUAAAAUGUUCAUUAUAAAUCUUCCUAGAAUAUUAAAAUGUUCAUUUUCGGUUUUACCGUUGUCUUGAAGGCAUAAACCUUGGUUUCAAAAUGAAGAAUAUACAGUAGUACAGGAUCCAUCCAAAAAGAAAAACAAAUACAUAUAAUUUUCUGAUUUGUGUGAGAAACUCCAUGAUAAUUGAUAUCGAUUGCAAUGAUAGAUUAGCAAUUAUUAGAAUGAUAGUGGUAAGAAAUCUGAACGAUAUGAGAAUGGGAUCGGUCAUAGGCAUACCAUAAUAUUUUAUGGUACAUAUCAUCAAUAUAUUUUAUAUUAUAGUAGUUUAAUUUUAAACUGAACUUAUUGCAAUUUUUAAUAUCACGUUUUUUUAGUUUCUAUGAAUUUACAAUGUUAAUAAAAAAAUCAAUAAUAAUAAUAAAAUAAUAAUAAUAUCUAUGACUGUAUAAAAGUAAUAAUGGUAAUACUAUAUACAGGGUGUCCCAAAAAUCGCAAAACCAUUGAAAUAACGUAUUGUUAAAAUUUGAAUGCCCUAGCACUAAGCUGAACGCAAAGAUGCGUAAAAUAUUGACAAAUAUUGACAUUGUAAAGCGCACGGUUUUCUGCUCUUGAGAAUUUAAACGGUUUCUUUAUGCAUAAAAUUUACUUAUGUCAAGCUUUUAUGCACUUGUGAGUUCAGCAGAGUGCUGAGGCAUUCAAAUUCUAACAAUACACGUUAUUUCAAUAGUUUUCGGGGGUUUUUUGGGGGGGGACACCCUGUAUACGGCACCAUCACUAAAGCAGUCUUAAUGCCAUGACAUCGAUUUUGAUCAUACAUUCACAAUAGGUGGCUUUCAAGCAAUCCCACGAGACUUUAACACACAAAAGUAGAUGGAGGGCAAGUAAUGAGAUCCUUUUUCCAGGGCAAGUAAUGGGAUCCAAGGCCAGUUUUCCCUUGGAACAGCAAUUUCGCUUUAAACCAGCAGAACAAUAUGAAAUUGAGGAGAUCAUUCUAUCUAUGCCCACAGGAAAAGCCCCAGGGGUCGAUAAAAUCCCUCUGCGCGUGAUUAAAGAUUGUCUUCCUUUUGUUUUACCGUCCUUGACCUCCAUUAUUAAUAAGUCCUUUACAACUGAAACUUUCCAACUGUAUGGAAAAGAGCGGAAGUUAUUCCAAUUUUAAAGAAUGGAGACCACGAGGAAGCCAAUAAUAAUCGCCCAAUUUCACUGUUGCCCAUAUUGUCAAAGAUUUGUGAGAGAACUGCUUUGAAUCAAUUUAUGCCCUAUUUCGUAGCUAAUGACCGACUAACAACAAAGCAAAGUGGCAAUAAAAGAUGGCACUCAACCGAGACAACACUAAUUCGAACAACUGAUUUUAUAGUAAAUGCCAUGGAUAAAAGGAAAAUAACAGCCAUUGUUCUUUUGGAUAUGAGCAAGGCUUUCGACAGCAUAAAUCACGGUAUUUUACUCAAGAAAUUGCAAGAUGUAGGCGUCUCGCGAUCAGUUCUACAAUGGUUUGACAGCUAUUUGUCCAACCGUAGUGAGGUUGUGCGUAUUCAUUCCGCUCUCUCCGACUCGUUAUCUGUGGAAAAUGGAGUUCCGCAAGGAAGCAUUUUAGGACCAAUACUCUUUAAUAGAUAUAUAUAUAUAUCAAUGAUUUGCCUAAAAUACCCCAAAGCUGUUCCACCGAUUGCUAUGUUGACGACACCAAACUUUACAUGUGUUUCCCUGUACAGGACGCCCAAAUUGCUACCGCCGACAUGAAUAAUGAUCUUUGUAGGAUCAGCAAUUGGUGCUUUGAAAAUUUUGCUUUUAUUAAAUCCCGAUAAAACUGAAUUGAUCGUUUAUGGAAGCAGACAAAUGGUGUCUAAAUUGCCAAAAUUUCAGCUUUCUUUAUUGGGAAAAGAACUUUUCCCUGCACAGUUUGUGAAAGACCUGGGUGUUACAUUUGACCGUAAUUUGAAUUUUAAUGAACAUAUUCUUAAAACUGUGACAUCUUGCAUGUCUAGCUUAGGUCAAAUAAGUCGGGUUAAACAUGUCUUCAAGAACGAGCUACUUGUUACCGUAAUUAAUUCACUUGUAUUCAGAAAGUUAUAUUACUGCUCAAGUGUCUGGUCCAAUACUAAUGAUCGGAAUAUACGAAAACUUCAAGGUAUACAAAACUUUGCGGCUCGUAUCGUUAGCGGAACCAGGAAAUACGACCAUAUAACUCCCGUAUUAAAGGAACUAAGAUGGAUACCUGUACAAUUAAAACUUUAUUAUCGCGAAGCAAUCAUGGCUUUUAAAUGACGUAUGACAGGAGCGGCGCCAACUUAUCUAAGUUCGCAAUUUGUAAGUAGAGGUAGUAUAAUUGGAAGGUCAACUAGACAAACUUCUCAUUUGAACAUUCCACUUCUCAAAAGCGCAUCAGGCCAGAGGACUUUUUAUUAUCGCGCUGUUAAAUUAUGGAAUGACUUAUGCCCAGAACUUAAAGCGAGUAAGACAAUUCGUGAGUUUAAAUACAAACUAAAGAGAAUUUUGCUUGACAGUUUUUUAUCAUAACGCAUGCAAUAUUUAAUAUAUAGUAGAUUUUAGCUGUAAUUCACUUUAUACACAAAUUGUAUUUCAUAGGACCUAUAUUGUAAUUAUCACUUUGUAAUUGUCACUGAAAAGCCCCAUUGGGGAGUGUUCAAUUAAAUAUUGUAUUGUAAUUGUAAAUGCCUCCAUGUGCACUGAACUGUAGCAUGAUGAGAAGUAUACCUGGUCUCUCUGGGUUGAGUCACCUUUGAGGCAUGUGCCUUAAUUGUGUAGACUAGGUUUUGCAAGAAAAGGUAAUCUAACUUUAACUUCAUGUUAUCGUGCGUUAGCUAUCGAGUUUAUAGAUUUACUUGUACCCAUGGCAAUAAGACCAGGUCUUUUAUAGCAGUCAAAUAAUUUAUCAUUGCGAACAUUGCCGAACAAUAAAAAUGGCCAAAUACAUGUACAAAAUCGCAUUUUUCCUUGCACUUUUGGGCUGAAAUUCGUCCUUUUUCGCCUGUUUACACGCGAAUUUGACCUGUCAGAGGGUCCCAAAUUCGUCCGGUUCCGCCGAAUUUCAGCCCGGUUUCAAAUUCGUCCGGUACCGUGUAAACGGGGUCUUAAGCCGGUUUUCCACUUCAAGCGUACCGUACCGAAACGUAUCAAAAACGUUUUUAAAUUUCAAAAUUUCUUAAAUGUUGAUUGGUUAGUACUUCCGUAGUACGCCAAAAAGUUGACUUGCGACGAACUUUUUAUUUUGAACGCGAAUACACCCGGAAGUACGUGGAUUUAUAAACCUCUUUUCAAUCUGCGCAUGCUCACCAGUACGUUUCGGUACGAUACGGGCGAAGUGGAAAACCGGCUUUAGGGUACACUCGUACUCUUUCAAUGAUGGUCUGACAUUAAUUGGAGACCUUAAGGCACAGGGAACUAAAUUAGGACCCUUACUGUUCGCAAUCAUGGUUAACUCUUUAUUAAAAGAUUGGCAAGGCAGUCGAUGACACUGAAUUGAACGAUAUGACGAUUGUUUAGAUAAUUACCUCGGUCACCACUGAAUAAAGUUAAAGAUACGUUUACAUCCAAGAAACACGAGAUCGCCUGUGACCUGAAGCAACUCACAAAACGAAAGUGUCUUGCAAGCCUCGCUCAAUUCUGGGAUCCCAUUGGCCUUGUCCUUCCAGUCACUAUUGAAAUACGAGUCGAUUUGCAAGAACUAUGGAGUUCUGGAUACGCCUGGGACGACCCGCUCUCAGAAGGCAUGCAAAGAAAAUGGAUAAGGAAUAUCCAGCGUUUGAAUAGUCUUUUUGAGUUUUAUCUAUCGAGUUUCAGAGAAAGCUAAGACCCGAAUUAGCCAUCGGGAAUCCAGAGAUCCACGGCUUUGGUGACGAUGGUGAUAAAGCUUAUGGAUCUGUAAUCUUCCUACGAUGGAAACUCAGUGAUGGAACCUUCCUUUGUAGACCUCUUAUGGUGAAAGCGUUCGUUGCUCUCUUAAAGAAGUCUGUACCAAUACUCGAACUGAUGGGAUGUCUUACUCUUGUGAGACUCUACCGAACCUGCAAAGAAGCGCUAUCUUUAUCCGAGAUCGAUAACUGCAAGACGGUGCUCUGGUUGGAUUCACAGACGGUGUUAACAUGGAUAAAAAGCUCUCCAAGAAAGUUCAAGCCAUUUGUAUCCGCUAGGGUAGCCGAAAUCCAAGAGUCCGUUGACGUGGGGACUUCCAAGUAUAUCAAGUUGAAGAAAAUCCCGCAGAUGCCUUAA